UGUGCUAAUUUACUGUCGCGAACAGGUUACAGGGAAAUUAUCUUCGCUUGGAAGUUUGAAAAGCUUCCCCUCCUUCACUCGGUCAUUCUUUCUCUUUCGCCAGUUAGUAUCACUAGCAUUCUCCACAAUGGAUCUAAUUCACCAAUACUCAGACGAGGACAACAACGAUCUAGACUCGCCAACUCAAAACCCUAACUCACCUGACAAUUCAUCCCCACCCCGCCUCCUUCCUACACGUUCCGCCGCCCCCAAAGUAGACGACACUAUGCUCGCCCUAACCGUCGCCGACCCUAAAACCCUCUCUAAACCGAUUGACCCAACUCAACACGCUGUCGGCUUUAACCCAACUUACGACCAACUAUGGGCCCCCAUUCAAGGUCCAUCUCACCCUUACGCUAAAGACGGUUUAGCUCAAGGUAUGCGUAACCACAAACUAGGUUUCGUUGAAGACGCUAACAUUGAACCCUUCCUCUUCGAUGAACAGCAUAACACUUUUCUCAAAUUUGGUUACGCCGCUGAUCCUUCCGCCUCGAAUUACGUUGGAGAUUUCGAUUCCUUGCAGAAGAAUAACGCUGCUUCUGUUUACAAUAUACCCCGACAUGAACAGAAGAAGCGAAAAAUUGAAGCCACCAGGAAAGAAGAGAACGAUAACGACAACAGUAAUGAUGGUGACAAUGAAAUGGAGAUCGAAAACCCUGCUUCGGAGGCGUGGUUAUUGAAGAAUAAGAAGAGUCCUUGGGCUGGGAAGAAGGAGGGUUUACAAGGAGAGUUAACUGAGGAACAAAAGAAGUACGCUGAAGAGUACGCGAAGAAGAAAGGCGAAGAAAAGAGUGGUUUUGGAGGUGAAAAGAGUGAGGUUGUUAAAGAUAAGAGUACUUUUCAUGGUAAAGAAGAAAGGGAUUAUCAAGGUAGGUCUUGGAUUGCACCUCCUAAAGAUGCUAAAGCUAGUAAUGAUCAUUGUUAUAUACCGAAAAGAUUGGUGCAUACUUGGAGUGGACACACCAAAGGUGUUUCGGCUAUUCGAUUUUUCCCCAAGUCUGGUCAUUUGAUUCUAUCUGCUGGUAUGGAUACAAAGGUUAAGAUUUGGGAUGUUUUGAAUACUGGAAAAUGUAUGAGAACUUAUAUGGGUCACUCUAAAGCUGUUAGGGAUAUUUGUUUUAGCAAUGAUGGGACAAAAUUUUUGAGUGCUGGUUAUGAUAAGAAUAUUAAGUAUUGGGAUACCGAAACGGGGCAAGUUAUAUCAACUUUCUCAACUGGGAAGAUCCCUUAUGUCGUGAAGCUUAACCCAGACGAAGAUAAGCAGAAUGUUUUGUUGGCUGGUAUGAGUGAUAAGAAGAUUGUUCAGUGGGAUAUGAAUUCAGGACAGAUAACUCAAGAGUAUGAUCAGCAUUUGGGUGCUGUAAAUACCAUUACUUUUGUUGAUAACAAUAGGAGAUUUGUUACUUCUAGCGAUGAUAAGUCCCUUAGGGUAUGGGAAUUUGGUAUUCCUGUUGUUAUAAAGUAUAUUAGUGAGCCACACAUGCAUUCUAUGCCGUCGAUUUCUCUUCACCCCAACGGGAAUUGGCUCGCCGCACAGAGUUUGGAUAACCAGAUACUUAUUUAUAGUACGAGGGAGAAGUUUCAACUUAACAAAAAGAAGAGGUUUGCUGGACAUAUUGUUGCUGGGUAUGCUUGUCAGGUCAAUUUUUCGCCGGAUGGACGGUUUGUCAUGUCGGGAGAUGGUGAGGGUAAGUGUUGGUUUUGGGAUUGGAAGAGUUGCAAAGUCUUUAGAACUCUCAAGUGUCAUGAAGGUGUUUGCAUUGGUGCCGAGUGGCAUCCUCUGGAACAGAGCAAAGUAGCAACGUGUGGCUGGGACGGGUUGAUAAAGUAUUGGUAA